UCUUUGACUGGAUUUUUUUUUACAACUGAGUCGGUUUUGAGGUUGUGUAUAGAUCUAACGGCUAAUAAAUUUCUAGUUAUCUACUUUACCUGACGCGGCAUGAUCUCAGCCGUCCCUUAUAAAGCUCUUCGCAGUUAACAUUUUCUUCCUCCCCUAUACUCUCGUGGUAAAUUCGUCAGAUUUCGAUUUGGAACCCUAAACAAUUUAAAAAGACUUGACCGAUCCUCUUCUCGAAGAAACUCGAUUCUUGGGGAUUCGAUUUCAUUGAAGAAUUUUGAAUUGUUGCCUGUGAUGGGUGGUUUGGCUAUGGAGGAAAUGCCUUUAUCGGCGCUAUUCGAGCAAGCUAGGAAAAUUCAUCUCGCUGCUUCAGAGUCCGGUGUUGAUCAGGAUGUUGUGAAGAAAGGAUGUGAGAUGUUUCAGAAGUGCGAAGACAUGAUCGGGAAGCUGGCGCUGUUUUCGUCUAACGAGACUAAAGAAGAUAUUAGCACCAACAAUCUCAAAUAUCUUUUGGUAUGCAAUUCAGUCUUUGUUGUUUGUAUUUUUUACUAGUAUGUUUGUAUUAUACUUUUGUUAUUAGUUUGGUGUGAAAGAUCAGAAAGUGAAAAACUUUAGCUUCUCCUGAUGCUUCUAGUUUUAGC